AUGAUGCCAUCUCCACGUCGCCGGUCCACAGCCGCGGAUCGAGAUGGCGGCGGCGGCGGCGAGGGACGGAGAGGCGGUGGCGGGCGACGGAGCCACGAAGCCGCUGUUUGCAGGUCUUGCAGAUGUGUCAAUAUCAGAAGAUAUCCCUGUAGAAGGGGAAAUUACUGUUCCUAUGGGCUCUAGUACUCCGGAUGAAGACUAUUCCACAUUAGAUGAACCAGUAAAAGAGACUGUCAUGCGGGAUUUGAAAGCAGUUGGAAAGAAAUUUGUCCAUGUCAUGUAUCCCAAAAAAAGCAGCGCCCUCCUCAAAGACUGGGAUUUAUGGGGUCCAUUAAUCCUGUGUGUUUUACUUGCACUAAUGCUUCAAGGAGGAGCGGCAGAUAGCACAGAGGACAGAGGGCCUCAGUUUGCAGAAGUCUUUGUUAUCAUCUGGUUUGGAGCAGUUGUCAUAACACUAAAUUCCAAGCUCCUGGGAGGAACCAUAUCUUUCUUCCAGAGCCUUUGUGUCCUGGGCUAUUGCAUCCUGCCACUCACCGUGGCUCUUUUGGUCUGCAGGCUUAUACUGCUAGCGAACAGUGGGACCGCCGGUUUCAUUGUGCGUCUUUUAGUCGUAAUAACAAUGUUUGGCUGGUCAACUCUAGGAUUGCAAGGAGAAAAGGAGCUGAGUUCAGGCGUUUUCCCAACAAUCCUUGCAAAUUGCUACUUGUGACUCCAAUUAGAAUAGCCUCUACGGCCUUCCUGGCAGACAGCCAACCCCCAAACCGCAAAGCUCUGGUCGUCUAUCCCAUUUUCCUUUUCUACUUCGUCAUCAGUUGGAUGAUCCUCACCUUCACGCCGUAGCAGAGGUGCUCUCGGCAAAGACGACAAAAGCGAAUGAAGGUGUUUUGGUUGCUUUCCAAUGAAAAACCUCUCUCUGGGGGUGACCUGCCCGCCUCUUGCUCUGUUUCUGCCAAUAUUUAUAAUGAAUGUUCUGAAAAGGCCGGCAGGUUCCUCGCCUGAAGCCACAGAAGGCCUCCAGCUCCCUCCUUCCGGUUUCUUUGACGAGCACUACUGAUGCCUCCCCCUAUUGAGUUCUGUUUUCUACUGAUUCUGCGUGAGCCUCCAAUAAGAGAAAGGCUAGAUGCAAUCGUAUCUUGGGCCAUCAAGAUAGUUGACAAAAGAAAAUAUUGACUAUGUACAGUUAUCGGAUUUAUCAGAAGGCCACCGGUCUUUAGCAGAACACCGUCUUACAGUUUCAAAACAUUUGAUUUCUUGGGAUGGGAAAUGUUAUCCAAUUUCACCUACUGCUCAAAAAUGAAAAGGAAAGGGUACAAGAAAGAGGUGUCUCUUUUUUCAGUUUUUUUCAUCCGUUUUUAGUCGUUCAAAUUGGCGCACUUUCUUGGCUCCCUGCGCACGGUCUUGUGGAAGAAGACAAGAAUAAAGCCAUUUGGCCCAGAUCAGCCACAAGAGAUCUUGAAUCUCUCUUUAAUGCAGGAGGUGGGGAAUUGAUCUCCCGCGUGGAGUCUGGUCAUCAGAAAGGAUUUCAGCAGCGUCAUCCUGCUGUGUGUCUUGCAGGGAUGGUCGGUCUGACUUGGGAAAAGGGCUACGAGCUUUCUCUGUGAGUUCUGGCUUUUUAAUUACAAAAUGAGGAAACUUAUUUAUGUAGCAAGGUGUGGCAGAACUACUUCCUGGUUUCUGCACAUUCACAUCCAUUGUGAAGUCUCUGGGAGAAGCUGCUCUUGAAACGGAAUUCUUUGUUCUUGUCUAGCGAGAUGUCGGUGGUAGCUGACAGCUUAGUGAUACGCAGUUUAAUUCACACUGUGUGAUACCUUAUUUUGUAUUAUUAUAUUACCUGUUAAAUUAAGUUUAUUUUGUUGCACACUUGUCGGGGGUUUUGAAGAGUAAAAACUGUUCUAUAUAAUAUAUAAAUUGCUUCUUUGUGUUUCUUACUGAAAAUAUCUGCAGUUUUUUUUCUUUACUAUGGGUUUUACAGGCCCCUUUUUAUUUUUUCCUAAAAUUCCAGCUGUUGGUCUUUUGUUUCUCUCAAGUAAAUAAAGUCUGGGAUAAAUGAUUUUGUUUUCCUAGCUUUGUUUGCCAUCAAAUGUAGAAAAGAGCAAGUUGAUAUGGAAUAUUAUUUCGGUUCCAAUGUGAAGGUAUCUGUGGGGAGACCUCUUUAAGGUAUAUUUCUGCUUCUAACAACCUGAAUUUAAGUAAUCUCUAUGUAAGGAAAGUUCUUUUUAAAAUACUUGCUGGAUCCUUUAAAAUUAAUCUUUAUGGUGAAACUUUAUUUCAUAUAUCAUUCUAAUUGGGCACGAAUGUGAAUUUUAUCCUUCUCUUAAUCAAUAUAUGUUAUUCCAGGUUUGGCCUGGAAAUAAAACUUUGCAUGGUAAUUUAGAGGUGAGAUGGGCAACAUGUACAUUUAACAAAUAAACAGUUUUCUUUUGAAUCAGA